AUGGUCUCAUUUGGAAAAUGUGACAAGAGUAGACAUCGAAUUGGUAAUGAAACUAUCAAAAAAUCUGGUCCUGGUCCCAGACACGGUCACACGGUCAGUCUAAUUGAGAGUCAUACUUCUGAUCUCAAUGUAUCAUCACUGUACCUGAGAGGAAUUACUCUUGAGAAUACAGCAGAUCAGCUUAAUAGCAUUAUCUUCUCUCUGACAUCUGAAAGAGAUCUGGUGAAACUGUCUCUUGAAAUAAGAGUCAAGAAUGCACCUCAAAAUCAGUUAGUAAUUAUGAGAAUGAUUGAUAAAAGAGUCAGUGAUAGUGAUCUCAGUAUGGUUCGGAAGAACGUACGACCGUCGGAUAAUAACGCGGCCGCUUCCGAACUUGCUUACGAGUAUCAAGUAUUCACUAUGAAGAGCUUUGCUGAUGCAAUCAUUAUCAUUAAUAAGAAUAGAGAAAAUCAGAUCUUAGAUCUGCAGUGA